AUGGCCCAGUAUAGUCCAGAUACAGGACUGCAGUUCCACCAAACGGCGGAAACCUUCGACCAUGAUGAAGAAAGGCCUCUGCAGCUCUUGUCUGCUAGCCAAACUGAGCAAGACAGGAGAAGAGCCGUGUUUUUGUCCGUGGUUGGAGGGAAGACUUUGGCCUUGCUAAAGGACUUGAUAUCCCCGGAACACCAAUUCAUUCAACCUGUACCUCCUGUUGAAAAAGAGCCAGGAAAGGAAACGCCUGCAGAGGCAGACCAAGACUUCCCCAAGAAACCAACGACUCCAACAAAAGCCGUCACUGAAUUCGACCCUGAUUUGUGGGAUAGAAGACAUAAAGUGCCUCGCACAACUACUGAGGUCAUCAUGUACGUGCCAGAGGAAACCACCACCACAUCAGUCUUAGGAUCCUGGUAUGAAGAAUAUGAUUAUGCCGAUUUGGCAGAAAAGAAGCUGGAGGAGGACGCUGAGAGGGCUCGUAAGGAAAAGGCAGAAAAAGCUGAACGGCUGAGGAAGAAGUGGGAGGAGGAGGAGGAGGAGAGGCUGAAGCAGAUGUCCGUCCACGUUGAGCCAAAAAAGUGCCCCCCCUUGGGCUUAGAAUCUCACCGGGUGGAGGACGACCAGCUGCUGGCCUCUUCUCAGUCUCAUCAUGGCUUUACUGCUCAGAGAGGACGGCUCAAUAUGCAGGGCUCGAGUGAUGAGGAUGAUGUAUAUGGGGGUGCAUGGUGUGCUGAGCCAGAAGAAAGAAACCACUGGUUUGAGGUUGAUGCUCGCAGAGAAGUGGAGUUCACUGGAGUCAUAACGCAGGGGAGGAACUCAGAGCUACAUGAGGAUUUUGUGUCCUCCUUUUUCGUGGCCUUCAGUAAUGACAGUCGUGACUGGACAACGCUUCACGAUGGCUACGCUGAAUGGAUGUUCUAUGGGAAUGUGGAUAAGGACACACCAGUGAUGGUGCAGUUUGAUGUGCCAGUAGUGGCACGGUACAUCCGUAUCCUUCCUCAGAGCUGGAAUGGCAGCCUGUGUCUCAGAGCGGAGAUCCUGGCAUGUCAGUUACCGAAAACGUACCCCAGUGAGAAUGAGGUCAACCCAUCAGAUGACCUGGACUUCAGACACCACAACUACAAAGAGAUGAGACAGAUGAUGAAGGUGAUAAAUGAAGAGUGUCCCAACAUCACCAGGAUCUACAACAUCGGCAAGAGCUCCCAGGGCCUGAAGAUGUAUGCCAUGGAAAUCUCUGACAACCCCGGGGAACAUGAGACAGGUGAGCCGGAAUUCCGCUACACUGCUGGUCUCCAUGGUAACGAGGCACUUGGUCGAGAGCUGCUCUUGCUGCUAAUGCAGUUUUUGUGUAAGGAGUACAAUGACGACAAUCCCAGGGUACGCCGACUAGUGGAAGGAGUGAGAAUACACCUGGUGCCCUCACUUAACCCUGACGCAUAUGAACUGGCUUUUGAGAUGGGCUCUGAGAUGGGGAACUGGGCACUGGGCCACUGGACUGGAGAGGGAUACGACAUUUUUCAAAAUUUCCCAGACCUCAGCAGCAUCCUAUGGGGCGCAGAAGACAGAGGAUGGGUCCCUCGCAUUGUACCCAAUAAUCAUAUCCCCAUUCCUGAAAAUUUUCUCAAUGGGUCUGUUGCUGUCGAAACAAAAGCCAUAAUUUCCUGGAUGGACCGCAACCCCUUUGUGUUGGGGGCUAAUUUGCAAGCAGGAGAGAAAGUAGUAGCAUACCCGUUCGACAUGCAGCGACCCCCCAAACUGGGUAAUGAUGGUCAGGGAUUGCGACAUGGCAGAAGGCCUGAUGUUGAGCGCGAAAUGAAUGAGGAGACAUGGGCUCGGAUUCAACGACAGAAUGAAGGAGCUCUAAGGGAGACAGCUGAUGAUACCAUGUUCAGGUGGCUGGCCAUGUCAUAUGCUCACAGCCAUCUCACAAUGACAGAGACCUACCGAGGUUCUUGCCAUACUGAUGACAUCACUGGGGGACAGGGCAUCAUCAACAGAGCCAGCUGGAAACCAGUGGUGGGCAGUAUGAAUGAUUUCAGCUACCUGCACACAAACUGCUUUGAGCUCUCCAUCUUCCUGGGCUGUGACAAGUUUCCCCAUGCAAGUGAACUGCCCCUGGAGUGGGAGAACAACCGUGAGGCUCUCUUGUCUUUCAUAGAGCAGGUGCAUCGUGGCAUUAAGGGUAUCGUGAGAGAUGUGGAGGGGAAUCCAUUACCAAACGCCACUAUUUCUGUGGAGGGGAUCAAACAUGGUGUCAGAACUGCGGUAGGUGGUGAUUAUUGGCGACUGCUGAACCCUGGAGAGUACAGGGUGACAGCUAGGGCUGACGGCCACACCCCCCAGACAAGGCUUUGUCUGGUGGGCUAUGACUCUGGAGCCACCCCGUGCAGCUUCACCUUAGCCAAGUCCAACUGGGACCGCAUCAAACAGAUCAUGGCACUCAAUGGCAAGAGGCCCAUAAAAGUUGUCACCAGAACCCCAGAGGGAGACAGCAGGGGCGGCUCCGGCAGUGCCGUGGCCCCUGCACAGGGCGUCGCUGGAGAGGCAUCGGUUCCCCCAAAGCCCCAGAAUGCCGAGCGUCUUAGGCGGCUACGCCUGAUGCGUUUACGCAAGCUGCGCCUUCAGAGGCUACGAGCCAACUUUACGACAACUCUUGCGACGACCACAACAACAGCAACAACUACAACAACAACUACUACUACUACUACUACUACUACAAAACCAGAAACUGAGAGUGCAACAUCCUGGUACGACUCCUGGUUUCCUGUGGACAGCUGGUCAACGGAGAGCCCGUUUAAAGGAGGCAUCUUCGAGUCAGUGCCCACGCAGGACUACCCCUUUGAAUACAAGAUUGAUGAUUACUAAAUUAUACCAUCCUUUUUCUUUUUUUUACACAACUGUAAGACCUUACUUGCAAAUUCGGGAUGGUGCAACAUUAUAGCUGUAAUACACACAAACGUAAAGGCUUUCAUUUUACUUAAAUGUCUCAUUUUUCAGCAAAGUCUGCAUCUUUAGGCAAGCUGUUGAGUGAACAUGAAUGUGAUUUUAAAUAUGUCUCCACAUUUUAUUUUUUGUUCUCUACUACCUACACAAAUGGUUGAUCUGGGAAAAAAAAGUGUCUGUUGAACAGAGAUGAUACAUGACAAUUAAUGCUAUCUGGAAACAGAGCAACCGAUAACGUUUCACAAAUAACUUUGAACUGUGAUUGCUGGCCUACAUUAAACUGGCAUGGUGUAUGUAGCGUUGCACGUGUUGUGAGUCAACUGAAGAUAUUUCAUAAAAGAUGUGUUAGCA